CUCGCCCAGAGUCGGGGUCUCACCCUGCAGUGGAUGUACUCGGCACGGGGGGAUUACGUGCGGGCCGCCGAGAAGCUGCGCAGGGACAUCUACACCUCGGAGGAACACAACGAGCGGCUUCUGCGGAUGUUUAACGUUCGCAUCAUGCGGGUGGAAUUCUACUUCCUCUCUCAAUACGUGGCGGUGACCGAGACUCCCUUCCGGCACAUCCUCCACGGCCGGGGCCCCCACACUUUGAGGGCCCUCCUGGAGCACGUCGGCCUCCUGCGAGACGCCCCGGAGAAGUUCGACGAAGUCCUCUUCCGUCGGCAACUGGCCCUGGUCACCUGGACGCUGCAGGGGGCCGCCAACGCCCUGAGCGGCGACGUGUGGAAUAUCGACAACAACUUCUGAGCCGGGAACCUCCUUCCCCCCCCCCCAAAAUGGCGGCCUGUUGUCUCGCCGUCGGUCUCUCUCUCUCUCUCUCUCCCUCGCGCGAAGCAGAUCCCCCUUGGCAAACGGCGUCGCGUGGUUGCUUUUUUUUGGGGGGGGGGUGUAGUUUGGGCAAGGCCACGCGUGCGAAGUUGCCCACGCCGAGGGCUUUCGUGGCGGCCCCCCCCCCCCGGGAUCCCCUCUUCCCUCCCCCCUCUUUUCCUCCCCCGAUUUUUAAUUUAUCAGCGACAGGGUUCGCUAUGAAUUCUUGGAAUAUUGCUAUGCAAUAGAAAUAGCAAGGCCCUCGUGCCUCCCGGGUUAAUUAUACGUUGCGCCCCCUCCCCUGAAUGGAAUCGCAGCCCUCCCCCCUCCUCGCCCUCCCCCCCUCGCCCCCCCACUCCGGAUUUAUCAGCAGCAAGGCCUGCUAUAAAUGGAAUUGAUUUAUUGCUAUGUAAUAAGACGGGAAUCCUGCCUCCUUCCUCCUUUCCUUUCCUUCUUGCCGUCCUCCUCCUUUCCCUCGCUCGUUCUUCCUCCUUGGUUAAAUCCGUCGGCGGCCGCGAAUGUUUUAUUGCACGGAUGGAAUAAAAGGCGCGUUGACUUUGGCCA